UGACCUUGGAGUCCCACUGCAAUUGGAGAGUUCCGGGUGGGGGUGGGAAUGCUCCUCCCCCUCCCCCCAGAACCUUCAACUGUCAAGCGCCAUGCUGGCCACCAACAUGCCGUACUCCCCAGAGGCCGUUCUCUCCAAGGGAAUGGCAGCUCACAUCAGCCAGAGCCGACUCAAGGCCAAGGGCGUGGGCCGGUACAACAAUGCCCAGAGCUACAGCAACCAGAUCUUCGAGGAGCUGCGAGCAGUCUGCCUGAGGAAGGGGGAGCUGUUCGAGGACCCCUUAUUCCCUGCUGAGCACAGUUCGCUGGGCUUCAAGGACCUGGGCCCCGACUCCAAAAAUGCGCAGAACAUCCGCUGGCAGCGGCCCACACAAAUUACGAGCAAUCCUCAGUUCAUCGUGGAUGGGGUCGGUCCCACAGACAUCUGUCAGGGGGUGCUCGGGGACUGCUGGCUGCUGGCUGCCAUUGGCUCCCUUACCACAUACCCCAAACUGCUGAACCGCGUGGUACCCAAGGGGCAGAGCUUCAAGAAAAACUAUGCUGGCAUCUUCCAUUUUCAGAUUUGGCAAUUUGGGCAGUGGGUGGACGUGGUGGUGGAUGACCGGCUGCCCACAAAGAACGGCAAGCUGGUGUUCGUGCACUCACCCGAGCGCACUGAGUUCUGGAGUGCCCUGCUGGAGAAGGCAUAUGCCAAGUUGAACGGGUCCUAUGAAGCACUUUCAGGGGGCAACACGGUGGAGGGCUUUGAGGACUUCACAGGGGGUGUGACCCAGAGCCUCCAACUCCAGAGGCCCCCUCAGAACCUGCUGAGGAUGCUUAGGAAGGCCAUAGAGCGAUCCUCCCUCUUGGGCUGCUCUAUCGAGAUCACCAGCAACAGCGACUUGGAAUCCUUGACCCAGAAGAUGCUGGUGAGAGGACAUGCUUACUCAGUGACUGGCCUUCAGGACGUCUUGUACCAAGGCAAGAUGGAAACAUUGAUUCGGGUCCGGAAUCCCUGGGGCCGGAUUGAGUGGAAUGGAUCCUGGAGUGACAAUGCCAGGGAGUGGGAAGAGGUGGACCUAGACAUCCAGAAGCAGCUGCUACACAAGAAGGAGGACGGGGAGUUCUGGAUGUCCUACCAAGAUUUCCUGAACAACUUCACACUCCUGGAGAUCUGCAACCUGAUGCCUGACACGCUCUCUGGGGACUGCAAGAGCAGUUGGCACGCCACCUUCUACGAGGGCAGCUGGCGGAGGGGCAGCACCGCGGGGGGCUGCAGGAACUACCUCGACACAUUCUGGACCAACCCCCAGUUUAAGAUCUCUCUCCCCGAGGAGGACGACGACCCAGAGAACAAUGAAGUUGUUUGCACCUGCCUGGUGGCCCUGAUGCAGAAGAACUGGAGGCAGGCACGGCCCCAGGGAGCCCAGCUGCAGACCAUUGGCUUUGUCAUCUACACGGUCCCAAAGGAGGUACAGAAGAUGACGUGGGGCUCGAUCCUGGGCAGGCACCCACUCCACCUCCGGCUGCAUGUGGAUGGGCAAGGGGUGGAAUUCUGUGAAGGGUUUCAGAACAUCCAGGAUAUCCACUUGAAGAAGGACUUCUUCAUGAAGUAUCAGGACCACGGCUUCUCAGAGAUCUUCUCCAACGCACGGGAGGUGAGCAGCCAUCUCCGGCUGCCUCCAGGGGACUAUAUCAUCAUUCCUUCCACAUUUGAGCCGCACAAGGAUGCUGACUUCUUGCUUCGGGUCUUCACAGAGAAGCAUAGCGAGUCCUGGGAACUGGAUGAAGCCAACUAUGCUGAGAUGCUCCAAGAGGAAAACAUCUCUGAGGACAAAGUAAACCAGGACUUCACACGUCUGUUUGAGACAGUGGCUGGAGGAGAGGGCAAGGAGAUAGGCAUGUACGGGCUACAAAAGCUGCUCAACAAGGUGGUCUCCAAAUUCACACACUUCAAGACCCAGGGCUUCGGCCUGGACGUGUGCCGCUGUAUGGUCAACCUCAUGGAUAAAGAUGACUCUGGCAAGCUGGGGUUUCUGGAGUUCCAGAUCCUGUGGAAAAAAAUCAAGAAAUGGACGGACAUCUUCCGUGAGUGUGACGAGGACAAUUCAGGCGCCUUGAACUCCUAUGAGAUGCGCUUGGCCAUUGAGAAAGCAGGUGGCCAGGGGUCAGGAGAUGGUUUGGGGGCAGGGAGGGAGAAGGCACUGGCCAGAGGACCGGGCUCUUUCCCCUCCGCACUGCUCUCUCUCCCAGGCAUCAAGCUAAAUAACAAGGUGAUGCAGGUGCUGGUGGCCAGGUAUGCAAAUAAGAACAUGAUGGUGGAUUUUGACAGCUUCAUCUACUGUUUCCUGAAGCUGAAGGCCAUGUUUAGGUACUUUCUAACCAUGGACCCCAGAAAUACUGGUUAUAUUCACUUGAACCUGAAUGAGUGGCUGCAGAUAACCAUGUGGGGAUAGAGGAGCCGCAGGAGCCUGGUUCCCCACGGCCACCACCGGCCCGCAGAGGGUCUGGCCCGGGGGCGGGUACUCCUUGCUGCCUUCAGCUCUGCCAUGUCUGCUGGUGGAAUGGGCUCCAGGUAGUGGCACCUGGGCCCGGACGCCAUGCCUACCCUAGUAAUGAGACCUCUACGCCCACCUCCUCAGCUCAAAGUGUUUCUUUUCCCAGCCAGGCUUCUGGUGGCUGAACUUACCCUACAAUCUCUCUCCCGCUCUGAGUAUAUUUUCCUAAAGAUUAAGUGACCCUUUCCCAGUGUUCCCUGGCUGGGAGGCUCUCCAUGCUUCCUGUCCUGCUCACACCUGCCUGCUGACCACCCCUCCUGGCCCGGCCUCUCUCUUUCCUCCCUCACUCGGGGGCAUUAUUAUAAUAAACAGCACAUGCCACUGGC